UAGGGUUUUCUGCAGUUUUGCGCCUCCAUUUUGGUAUAAACUACUUAAGAAGAUUCACCACCGAAGAAGCCCAGCCCGAAGCCAGAACCAGUAACAAUGGGGAGGAGAGGUCGCGGCGGAGGCGGUGGUAUGGGCGGAGGCAUCAAUCGGAGAUACCUGAGUCAAGUAAUUGACUCCUGCGGUAAAGACUUAUCCACGGCGGAGGAAAUCGCCGACGACCUCCGUUCCAGGUACGGUAAUUUCGCCAGGCUGACACGUCAAGUGCUUCUCCUCAACGUCAGACACGUCCUUAGUGACCGAAACAAGAACAACAACAACAAGCGUGCCAAAGACGAAGAAGACGAAGACAACAAUGAUUCUGAUGAAGUUGCUGUUGCUGGUAAAGUGAAGAAACAUAAACGUGUUGAUGAGAAAGAAGAGAAGUUGCAGAGAGCUGAACAGUCAUAUCUCAAGAGAAGAAACAAAGAGAAGAAGUCAGUUUCUUCUUCUUCUUCAGAGGAAGGAGAUAGUGGAGAUAGUGGAGAUAUCUCGACUUCUGAGGACGCUAUAUACAGCGAGAAGCUGAGUCCACCAAAGUUUGAUUUAAUGAACGACAGCUUAAGAGAUAACUACGCUAAGUUGAAUAGCUCCUCCGUCAAGAAACCUCCUGUGGAAAAGAUUGUUGAAGUUGAGACUGUUACAAGCAAAGGUAGAAGCAAGAUGGCUACAAUGGGUUUGAAAAAGGAAGCUAGAGUCUCUCCUCCUGGGAACGAUUUGGAAGGUAGUAGUAGUAACAAAGGACGUACCUUUAAAGACUUUGGUGGGAUUAAUAAAGUGUUGAAAGAUUUAGAGUUUGAGAUUCUGUUCCCUCUUCUCAAUCCUCCACCGUUUGAGAAGAUGGUAGUGCCGCCACCGAGGGGGGUUUUAUUCCAUGGACCACCUGGCUGUGGAAAGACUCAGUUAGCUAAUGCUAUUGCCAAUGAAGCUGGUGUUCCGUUUUAUUCAGUCUCAGCUACGGAAGUUGUGUCUGGUGUUUCAGGUGCUUCUGAAGAGAAUAUUAGAGAGCUCUUUGCUAAAGCGUAUAGAACUGCUCCUUCUAUUGUGUUUAUCGAUGAGAUUGAUGCGAUUGGAUCAAAGAGGGAGAAUCAGCAAAGGGAGAUGGAGAAGAGGAUAGUGACUCAGUUACUGACUUGUAUGGAUGGGCCUAAAAAUGACACUGGUUCUUCUAGUGGUGGAUAUGUUAUUGUAAUUGGAGCUACUAAUAGGCCUGAUGCUCUUGACCCUGCUCUGAGGAGGAGUGGGAGAUUUGAUCGUGAGAUUGAGUUGAAAGUUCCUGAUGUAGAUGCGAGGGCUGAGAUACUCUCUGUUGUAGCUCAAAAGCUUAGACUUGAAGGCUCCUUUGACAUGAGAAUAAUCGCUCAGUUAACGCCGGGGUUUGUUGGAGCUGAUUUGGAAGGUGUAGCGAACAUGGCUGGUAGGCUAGGGAUAAGGAGGGUCAUGGAGUCAAGAAAGUUGCAACUGUCUGGUGGCAGUGACAGCCAGGAUGAUAGAUCUUGGUUGAGGCAGCCCUGGUUAGAGGAAGAUUUGGAAAAGCUCUUUGUUAGAAUGUCUGAUUUCGAGGAAGCAGUGAAGUUAGUUAAGGGAUCUUUAACUCGAGAAGGAUUCUCUACCGUGCCUGAUGUCACAUGGGGCGAUGUUGGUGGACUUGACCAUCUACGGCGUGAACUCAACACUUACAUAAUCAGGCCUAUCAAAAAUCCAGAGAUUUAUAAGGCUUUUGGGGCGAACUUAGAGACAGGUUUCUUGCUCUAUGGACCACCGGGCUGUGGAAAGACGUUGGUUGCAAAGGCAGUUGCGAACGAGGCAGGAGCUAAUUUCAUACACAUUAAGGGUCCAGAACUUCUACAGAAAUAUGUUGGAGAAGCCGAGCGUGCUAUUCGGACCGUGUUUCAGCGCGCCCGGACAAGCUCCCCAUGUAUACUCUUCUUUGACGAGGUGGAUGCUUUGACAACAAAACGUGGCACAGAAGGUGGUUGGGUUGUUGAACGUUUUUUGAACCAGUUUCUUGCUGAACUGGACGGUGGAGAGAGGCGUAAUGUAUAUGUAAUCGGAGCUACGAACAGGCCCGAUGUGAUAGAUUCUGCUUUCAUGAGACCUGGUAGGUUUGGGAAUCUUGUGUACGUACCCCUCCCUAACGCGGACGAGCGUGUUUCAAUCCUGAAAUCUAUUGCAAAGAAGAAACCCUUAGAUCCUAGUGUUGAUCUGGAUGCAAUUGCAAAGAAGUGUGAAGGUUUCAGCGGAGCUGAUCUCGCUGGCCUGAUGGACAGAGCCAUACACGUGGCAGUGGAGGAGAAGUUCAAGCCCAGUGAAAUAGAUUCAAGUGAUUGCACCCUCAAGAUGACUCAUUUCGAGCAAGCCAUACACGUGGCAGUUGAGGAGAAGGUCAAGCCCAGUGAAAUAGAUUCAAGUGAUUGCACCCUCAAGAUGACUCAUUUCGAGCAAGCCUUGUCCUUAUGCUCGCCUUCUGUGAGCAAACAGCAAAUAAAACACUACGAGGAACUACCAAAGAAGCUACAAAGAAGCACCGGAAGAAACAACAUGGAGCAACCCACCCUAGGACCAUCUUUUGCCCUGGAGUGAUUUAAAAAAAAAAUAACUCUCUUUAAUUUAUUUUUAGCAAAAAUCCCAUUUUCCCGAGGGAGAUGCAAUAUAUUUUUCUUUUCUUCCAAUUUGAGACGUGUAAUCAUCAUAGUAUCAUUAAGUUUUGGUUGUUCCAACAAGUGUUUUCGUUAAAAUUACAAAUUGGAUUAAAUACAGAGAAGAUAUACGAG